AUGGAAGGGCAAUGGGUGAUUUGGCUUUCAGCGCUGGUAAGCAGUGUGCUCGCUUAUUUCUUAGUAGAUUUAAUGGGGAAAAGAAAGAAGAAGAGCAGAGCAAAUCUUCCUCCUGGACCUCCUGGCUGGCCCAUCGUGGGAAACCUUCUCCAGCUGGGGAAAAAACCCAAUGAAUCUCUGUGGGCUCUUUCUCAGCAAUACGGUCCUCUCAUGACUCUCUCUCUCGGCAUGAAAACUGCUGUGGUGGUUUCAUCCUCUGAAAUGGCAAAAGAGGUCCUCAAAAUCCACGACCAGAAUUUUGCAGGACGGAUUAUGAUAGAAGCAGCAAAGGUGUUUUCUCACCAUGAAUCUUCAAUUGCUUUUGCUCAGUAUGGAGAUUACUGGCGGAAGUCCAGACGCAUUGCCACUACAGAGCUUUUCACUCCCACCAGACUCCAAGCGCUGCAACAUCUCAGAAGAGAUCAAGUCUCCGAGACGAUUCGAAUGGUCUUUGAGAAGAAGGGGACGAGUAUGAAUAUUGCAGAGCUGGUGUACUACGAGGGUCUCAAUCUCAUGAGCAACGCCAUUUUCAGUAAGAACUUGUUCGAUCCCAAAAAUCUAGAGUCUGCAGAAUUGAGAAACACUUUUAGUGAAAUGGUGAACUUGACCGGAAAACCCAACUUGGCCGACUUUUAUCCGUUUCUGAAGUUGGUGGACCCUCAGGGAGUGUGCCGUCGUCUGACAUUCCAUCAUAAGCGACUACAUGAGUACUUAGAUGUAUUCAUACAAGAUCGGUUGGAGGCGAGGAGGCAAGGGGUCGGUCUACCCAAGGAAAAGGACUUUCUCGACAUUCUGCUCGAUCUGACUGCCCAUGAUUUCACUCUGGUGAAUAUCAGGGCUUUACUCUUGGAACUCUUGUCUGCUGGUAGUGAUACUACUACUACAACAAUUGAAUGGGUUAUGGUGGAACUAAUUGCCAAUCCUUACGUAAUGAAAAAAGCGCAAAAGGAAUUAGAAGAGGUAAUUGGUCUCAAUCGAAAAGUGGAAGAAUCUGACAUAGAUCGUCUACCUUAUCUCCAUGCUAUAGUGAAAGAAGUGUUUCGACUACACCCAGCACUUCCUUUGGCAUUGCCCCAUAGAGCAGACAACUCAUGUGAGGUGGCAGGGUAUAUGAUACCUAAGCAUGCCAUGGUGAUUGUGAAUCUGUGGGCAAUUGGAAGAGAUCCUAAAAUUUGGAAAGAACCUUUAAAAUUUAUGCCAGAGAGGUUUUUUAAUGGUGAGAAUAGUAAGGUAAAGUAUAAGGGACAAAAUUUUGAGCUGAUACCAUUUGGAGCUGGAAGAAGAAUAUGCUUAGGACUUCCUUUGGCUCAUCAAAUGGUUCAUUUUACUAUUGCUUCCUUAAUCCAUUCCUUCAAUUGGAUGCUUCCAAUAGGGAUGAAUUAUAAUAAGAUAGACAUGAGUGAGACAUUUGGAAUAGUAUUAAAGAAGUCUAAAGAAUUGCAUGCAAUCCCCACACCAAGAUUACCAAAUCAUCUAUACUAAAAUAAUAUGUUAGUUC